UCUCAAAGCAAACCACAAAAGUUUCAAAAGCACACCAGAAACUUCAUAAUACGAACCACAAACACAGUAAAGCAAACCACAAAAACCAAACCAGAAACCUCCUAUUGGAAAUCACAAAUCUAUUAAAACAUACCAGAAAUCUCACAAAACAAACCUGUUUACCACUAAAAAAUCACUCAAUACCACAUUGAUUAUUUUCAAGGAGUGGUAGUGAUUUAUAAGGCCAACUUAACCAUGUUAAUUAAAUUGGUUUAGGUUGGGCCUAAAUAAUGGUAUUUUGGGCUUCAUACCAGGUACCUUAACACACACCACUUGACCCACCAAACACCCACCCAUCACGCAAAGGGGGUCAAGUGCCGAGCGUUGACGCCCUUCAACAUCAACCACCCAAGUCGUGGAGACCCACAGCACAAGGGGGGUCAAGCAUGACAUCGCGCAAGGGGGGUCAUGCUUGACACCAUCCCAGGGGGGUCAAGCAUGAUACAAUCCAAGGCGAGUGGAGUAUGACGAGACGCGAGCUAGCUGUGGUAGCAAAGAGAGCCAAAAUUUGGUUAAGUGUUGAGACCCAUAGCACAAGGGGGGUCAAAUAUGACAUCAUCCCAGGGGGGUCAAGCACAAGGGGGGUCAUGCAUGACACCGUCCUAGGGGGUCAAGCACUAGGGUGUCAAGCAUGAUGCAGAGGUGAAAAUUGGCUAAGUAUGGAGAUCCAACCGUCCAAGGGGGGUCAUGCAUGACCUCGUUCAAGGGGGUCUCAUCCAAGGGGGUCUCGUCAAGGGAGUCAAGCAUGACAUCAUCCCAGGGGGUCCUUGUACUAGGGUGUCAAGCAUGAUAACCAGACAUGGCCAUAGAAAGAGGGUACCAAGCCGGCAAGGUAGGGCUUGGUACCAAGACAUGAAAAGCAUGAAUUUGGCUAAGUAUGAAGCCAACGGAGUCGGCAAGAAUGGCUUGACAGCCAAGCAAGGUGACAGGGUAUCAUGACCCCAAGGGGCUAUCAAACCGGUAAGACUGACUUGGUGGACAUGCAACAGGGGGCCAAGACGAACUUGAUAACCAGACAUCAGGGUAUCAAGCAAACAAGACAAUAAAUUCGACUAAGGCAUGGUGGCUAGCUGAGGUGGCCACCCGACUAGGUACCAAACAGCCAUGUAUAGCCCUUAUGGGGCCAUAUGGAGACAAAGUCCCAAGGCGGGCUUGGUAGCACCCUAACGCGGUACCAAACCGGCAGGGUGCAACUUACCACUUGACGAGGCUACAAAAACUAAGUAUGGAGACCAAGCCACCAGGACUGGCUUGGUAGCAAGGGGUGUCAAGUUGAUUACAUGGGCUUGGUGGCAUGCCGGAAGGUAUCAAGCCGAUGAGAUGGCUUGGUAACAACCAACAAGUUAAUGAGGAGGACUUGGUGUCAUGAGAUGGUAGCGGUCUCAAGACGACAAGAGUGGGGAGUCAUCAAGCAGCCGAGGGUGCGAUCAAGACUUCAUCAUGGAGGCUAAGGCAAAUAACCUCAACCCCAUCCAGUCAUGACAGGGCGACAAGACUUAACACCAACCCGGCCCAACAUCGAGACCAUCAAGUACCAACCAGCCCCAAGACGGGACGAGACCCCAAGGCAACGGUUACCAACUAGUCUCCAAGCGACAAGCAGCCCCUAAGGCGGUUGGAGCAAAAGGCCAGCUAGCAGUUACUACGGUGGUUACCAAGGCAGUUACACCUAGUGGCUAUAAAUAAGAGAAACGAAU